GAACUAUUGUUGCUUGCUCGUUUCAUGGAUGAAGAGAAUCAAGUGUGAGGAGGCACCRCGGAAGGAACCAGCCAGGAUACAACARCAUCUGAAACGCGAAGGAGUUCAAAAAUAAGCAGCGUUCAGAAAACGAUCGGCGUCUGAAAAAGGUACAAUCGGGAUCGAUCACAGGAUACAGCCUUCGCUUUCUUGUUCUUCCGAAACAAUCGAAGCGUUCGUUGCGAGCAACAAUGUCGGCCACCAGCCAGCUGGAAAACCCCAAUGCGCCUUGGUCGUAUGUGAAAUUCGACACCAGCAUUGGAACCUUUGUGGUGGAAUUGUAUCACAAACAUGCGCCCAGGUCGUGCUACAACGUAGCAGCAUUGGCCCAUGCAGGAUAUUACGACGGUAAGUGUUAACMAUCUUUGUCCGAGUUUGCAACUGCGCGUGGGCCAUUGGUCCGCCUUUUGGCGUUCGAUCGCAACGCCAGGGCUUUGGUUUUAUCCCGAUUCAAGCAACAGCGAAAGGGCUCGAUCGCUAGAAGAACGUUUUCUKAUCACACUUGUAAUUCUGGUUUGGAAGGCACGAUUUUUCACCGAAUCGUGCGAGACUUUAUGGUUCAGGGAGGUGAUCCAACGGGGACCGGGCGCGGUGGUGAGUCGGUGUACGGAGGAAAGUUCGAGGACGAAAUAACGAGGAAUCUGAAGCACACCGGCGCGGGUGUUUUGGUAAGUGCAUCCUCGAGAGCAUUUUUUGUAUGGGUCGAAUGGCCGAUUUUGAGGAGCAAAGGAUUGAAUUUGGGCAGUACCUGUUCCUCGCUUGAAGUUUUCCCUCACCACUUCUUUUACUAUCUUUYAAUGUGAUCUCAAUGAUGACUSAUAACCCAGUCGAUGGCAAAUUCAGGUAAGCCAACCCAAAGUCUCACAAACCCGCUGAGMUACUAGAAUGCAUGUAUUUUCUUUUCUAAUCGAUUCUACGCAAUGCCUUCAUGCCGUAUCACAGGUCCRAACACGAACGGAAGGUGAGUGAAAUGYCAUUGUCCUUGCAACAGCAGAACCGAAASMAACGUUCCCAUSACAAGAAUUUUUGGGUCUAAAUCGGAUUGUUGUUUCGUGCCAAUACCUUCUUCUGCUCGGCAUCUGUUGGGAAUCCGGACGCAGCCAAUUUUUUAUCACAUUGAAGCCCACACC